GAUCCGCCCACCUCUAUUGGGAUUCAAACUCUGAGCGGUCCCGUCUCGGACGAGCAGGCGCUGCAGCUGCAGCGGGUUCGAAACGAAAGAUAUCUUGAAGACUUCUCCUGCACUUUCAUACUCUGCCUGAACGUGCUUCCAUAAACACAUCAGGACAUUCGACCAAGAGGAAUAUUAAGCUGCUGAAACAGAUGAAGUAUGAGAACAUGGCAUCCAGUAGAUGUUCAAGUACUCAGCAAACAUCACCUGGUACCCUCCACAUGAACACAUCUCACGGACAAACACAGAAAUGUCACAAGGAGAGAAAUCACUUCUGCUUGGAUCCUGGGAAGAGUUUUACUGUACAGAGUGCUCUCACAGUACACCAGCGCAUCCACACAGGAGAGAAACCGUAUCACUGCUCAGAGUGUGGGAAGAGUUUUACUGUACAGAGUAAACUCAAAAGACACCAGCUCAUUCACACAGGAGAGAAACCGUAUCACUGCUCAGAAUGUGGGAAGAGUUUUACUGUACAGAGUGCUCUCACAGUACACCAGCGCAUCCACACAGGAGAGAAACCAUAUCACUGCUCAGAGUGUGGGAAGAGUUUUACUGUACAGAGUAAACUCAAAAGACACCAGCGCAUUCACACAGGAGAGAAACCGUAUCACUGCUCAGAAUGUGGGAAGAGUUUUACUGUACAGAGUGCUCUCACAGUACACCAGCGCAUCCACACAGGAGAGAAACCGUAUCACUGCUCAGAGUGUGGGAAGAGUUUUACUGUACAGAGUGCUCUCACAGUACACCAGCGCAUCCACACAGGAGAGAAACCGUAUCACUGCUCAGAGUGUGGGAAGAGUUUUAAUCAACAGGGUAAUCUCAAAAAACACCAGCGCAUUCACACAGGAGAGAAACCGUAUCACUGCUCAGAGUGUGGGAAGAGUUUUACUGUACAGAGUGAUCUCAAAAUACACCAGCGCGUUCACACAGGAGAGAAACCGUAUUACUGCUCAGAGUGUGGGAAGAGUUUUACUGUACAGAGUGCUCUCACAGUACACCAGCGCAUCCACACAGGAGAGAAACCGUAUCACUGCUCAGAGUGUGGGAAGAGUUUUACUGUACAGAGUGAUCUCAAAAAACACCAGCGCAUUCACACAGGAGAGAAACCGUAUCACUGCUCAGAGUGUGGGAAGAGUUUUAAUCAACAGGGUACUCUCAAAAAACACCAGCGCAUUCACACAGGAGAGAAACCGUAUCACUGCUCAGAGUGUGGGAGGAGUUUUACUGUACAGAGUGAUCUCAAAAAACACCAGCGCAUCCACACAGGAGAGAAACCGUAUCACUGCUCAGAGUGUGGGAGGAGUUUUACUGUACAGAGUAAACUCAAAAGACACCAGCGCAUUCACACAGGAGAGAAACCGUAUCACUGCUCAGAGUGUGGGAAGAGUUUUACUGUACAGAGUGCUCUCACAGUACACCAGCGCAUCCACACAGGAGAGAAACCGUAUCACUGCUCAGAGUGUGGGAAGAGUUUUACUGUACAGAGUGCUCUCACAGUACACCAGCGCAUCCACACAGGAGAGAAACCGUAUCACUGCUCAGAGUGUGGGAAGAGUUUUAAUCAACAGGGUACUCUCAAAAAACACCAGCGCAUUCACACAGGAGAGAAACCGUAUCACUGCUCAGAGUGUGGGAGGAGUUUUACUGUACAGAGUGAUCUCAAAAAACACCAGCGCAUCCACACAGGAGAGAAACCGUAUCACUGCUCAGAGUGUGGGAGGAGUUUUACUGUACAGAGUAAACUCAAAAGACACCAGCGCAUUCACACAGGAGAGAAACCGUAUCACUGCUCAGAGUGUGGGAAGAGUUUUACUGUACAGAGUGCUCUCACAGUACACCAGCGCAUCCACACAGGAGAGAAACCGUAUCACUGCUCAGAGUGUGGGAAGAGUUUUAAUCAACAGGGUAAUCUCAAAAAACACCAGCGCAUUCACACAGGAGAGAAACCGUAUCACUGCUCAGAGUGUGGGAAGAGUUUUACUGUACAGAGUGAUCUCAAAAUACACCAGCGCGUUCACACAGGAGAGAAACCGUAUUACUGCUCAGAGUGUGGGAAGAGUUUUACUGUACAGAGUGCUCUCACAGUACACCAGCGCAUCCACACAGGAGAGAAACCGUAUCACUGCUCAGAGUGUGGGAGGAGUUUUACUGUACAGAGUGCUCUCACAGUACACCAGCGCAUCCACACAGGAGAGAAACCGUAUCACUGCUCAGAGUGUGGGAAGAGUUUUACUAUACAGAGUGAUCUAAAAAAACACCAGCGCAUUCACACAGGAGAGAAACCGUAUCACUGCUCAGAGUGUGGGAAGAGUUUUACUGUACAGAGUGCUCUCACAGUACACCAGCGCAUCCACACAGGAGAGAAACCGUAUCACUGCUCAGAGUGUGGGAAGAGUUUUACUAUACAGAGUGAUCUAAAAAAACACCAGCGCAUUCACACAGGAGAGAAACCGUAUCACUGCUCAGAGUGUGGGAAGAGUUUUACUGUACAGAGUGCUCUCACAGUACACCAGCGCAUCCACACAGGAGAGAAACCGUAUCACUGCUCAGAGUGUGGGAGGAGUUUUACUGUACAGAGUGCUCUCACAGUACACCAGCGCAUCCACACAGGAGAGAAACCGUAUCACUGCUCAGAGUGUGGGAAGAGUUUUACUAUACAGAGUGAUCUCAAAAAACACCAGCGCAUUCACACAGGAGAGAAACCGUAUCACUGCUCAGAGUGUGGGAAGAGUUUUACUAUACAGAGUGAUCUAAAAAAACACCAGCGCAUCCACACAGGAGAGAAACCGUAUCACUGCUCAGAGUGUGGGAAGAGUUUUAAUCAACAGGGUACUCUCAAAAAACACCAGCGCAUCCACACAGGAGAGAAACCGUAUUACUGCUCAGAGUGUGGGAAGAGUUUUACUGUACAGAGUGCUCUCACAGUACACCAGCACAUCCACACAGGAGAGAAAACGUAUCACUGCUCAGAGUGUGGGAAGAGUUUUACUGUACAGAGUAAACUCAAAAGACACCAGCGCAUUCACACAGGAGAGAAACCGUAUCACUGCUCAGAGUGUGGGAAGAGUUUUACUAUACAGAGUGAUCUAAAAAAACACCAGCGCAUUCACACAGGAGAGAAACCGUAUCACUGCUCAGAGUGUGGGAAGAGUUUUACUGUACAGAGUAAACUCAAAAGACACCAGCGCAUUCACACAGGAGAGAAACCGUAUCACUGCUCAGAGUGUGAGAAGAGUUUUACUGUACAGAGUGCUCUCACAGUACACCAGCGCAUUCACACAGGAGAGAAACUGUAUCACUGCUCAGAGUGUGGGAAGAGUUUUACUGUACAGAGUGCUCUCACAGUACACCAGCGCAUCCACACAGGAGAGAAACCGUAUCACUGCUCAGAGUGUGGGAAGAGUUUUAAUCAACAGCGUGAUCUCAAAAAACACCAGCGCAUUCACACAGGAGAGAAGCCGUAUCACUGCUCAGACUGUGGAAAGAGUUUUACAGUACAGAGUGCUCUCAAAGCACACCAGCGGAUUCACACAGGAGAGAAGCCCUAUCACUGCUCAGAGUGUGGGAAGAGUUUUACUGUACAGAGUGCUCUCACAGUACACCAGCGCAUCCACACAGGAGAGAAACCGUAUCACUGCUCAGAGUGUGGGAAGAGUUUUAAUCAAAAGAAUAAUCUCCAAAAGCACCAGCGCAUUCACACAGGAGAGGAACCGUAUCACUGCUCAGAGUGUGGGAAGAGUUUUACUAAACAGAGUCACCUCAAAGACCACCAGUGCAUUCACACAGGACAGAAACAUUAUCGCUGUACAGAGUGUGGGAAAGGUUUUACUGAAGAGAGUAGUCUCUUAAAGCACCAGCGCAUUCACACAAGAGUAAAACCUUAUCACUGCUCUGAGUGCAGGAAGGGUUUUACUGUACAGAGUGCUCUCACAGUACACCAGCGCAUUCACACAGGAGAGAAACCGUAUCACUGCUCACAGUGUGGGAAGGGUUUUAUUGUACUGAGUCAUCUCAAAAGACAUCAGCGCAUUCACACAGGAGAGAAACCGUAUCACUGCUCAGAGUGUGGACAGAAUUUUAGACAACAGAGUAAUCUUAGACUACACCAGCGCAUUCACACAGGAGAGAAGCCAUAUCACUGCUCAGAGUGUGGAAAGGGUUUUACUCAAAAGAAUAAUCUCCAAAAGCACCAGCGCAUUCACACAGGAGAGAAACCGUAUCACUGCUCAGAGUGUGGGAAGAGUUUUACUGAACAGCGUAGUCUCAAAAUACACCAGCGCAUUCACACAGGAGAGAAACCGUAUUACUGCUCAGAGUGUGGGAAGAAUUUUACUGUACAGAGUCAUCUCAAAACACACCAGCGCGUUCACACAGGAGAGAAACCGUAUCCCUGCUCAGAGUGUGGGAAGAGUUUUAAUAGACAGAGUCAUCUACAAGAACACCAGCGCAUUCACACAGGAGAGAAACCGUAUUACUGCUCAGAGUGUGGGAAAAGUUUCAGGCAUUCAAAGACUGCAAAGACACACAAGUGCACUAAAAGCUGUGGAGAAUAUCAGCAGUAGUGAGUGUAACCUUACACCUCCCAGGUGUAAAGGUCCGCAGUGAUUCCAGGCCUGAUUUCAGUAUCUUUUUGGGGAAAACCACCUCUUUAGUUUUACACUGUUUCUAAAACAUAAGCAUUAAAUGAAAUGUUAUGUCCUGUGCUGAACAUCAAGUCAAACCUAAAGCUCAUACACGCAAUGAGAAAGUGUGGUACUACAUAUUCUCCCCAAAAUGUUCACACUGGUCAUGAUGUGGAAAACAAACUGAGAAGCUCGACAUUCGAUAAUAAGAGGCUCUCAACUUUCUAAUUCAGUAGAUCUAAGCUAGUGUAGUGUUUCUGAUACAGUGACGGGUGUUUUGACAAACAUUUGACAGUAUGCUUGACUCUAUUCUCUCUCUCUCUCUCUCUCUCUGUCUGCUAUUUUUUCUUUAAACAUUUUAGUUAAACCUUUGCAUUUGAGUUAAUGUGUGUUUUUGUGAACGUAUUAACCUGUUCAGAUUAUCUUUCUCAGUUUUUCUCUAUGAUUCUACACAUUUGUUUUUAUCUUCUUGUAAAGUUGAAAAAAAGAAUCCUAUUAAAUCCCAUGAUCUAUUCAUCUUUUGCAA